AUGCCGACUCUAGAUCUGCAGAUAGAGAAUACCCGACCACACGUACCGGACGCUCCUCAUCUACACAGCUCUCUCCAGCCAAUUUUUCGCCUACCCGCGGAACUUCUAUACGAAAUAUUCAGCGAAUAUAUCCGCAACACUUGCAAACCGCCAUCGGAACCCGAGCUAUCGCCUUCAGUUUCUUAUGACGCGACCAACAGUCCUUUCACGCUCGGACAGGUGUGCUCACGCUGGCGCAACGUCGCUAUGAGCUUUCCUGAUCUUUGGACCACAAUAAUAAUAUCCAACCCUCGCACCCAAGCGCACCUUUCCCACACCGUUCUCUGGCUCGAGCGCUCCGCCGGCCAGCCAUUGGACCUGACCGUCAUAGCGGUCGACUCCGAUUCCUUCGAUUUCUACGCCGCAGAGCAUAUCCUGACUGUCUGUGCGUCACUCUCGCACCUCUGGAGGAAAGUGUCUUUGAAGCUCGCCACAACACUGCUCAUGCCCCUACACCGUGUACUCCGCGCCUCCUUACCAUGCGAGAUGCUCGAAGACGUGCAUCUUUAUUUUAACAGGCGCCUUGGGACAUUGGGAAUGUGGCUGAACCCGGUCAUCCGCGGGAUUUGGUCCAUCUUCUACUCCUCUCCAUCCCUGCGCUCCGUGCAUUGGACGACGCGGAUCCUGGACUGCUGUUGCCGCGAUGCACCUUCCACGCAGCUCGAGUCCAUCACCCUGGACCCAAUCGACCUCGUCGGCGGGGAGGACGUCCUGCACCUCAUAUCCCGAUUUCCCAACCUGCACCACCUCCACGCGAAAGUCAUGCAACAGACGUCGUACGAAUACCCCGGGGAAGUCUCGUCUCUUCCCAUCGUCUUCCAGCACCUCACCACCCUCCACCUGGAAUCAAAGUCCCCGAUCUCACUCCUCCUGACGCACAUUACCCUCCCGGCUCUCGUCGACCUUUCGUUGGUAUCCCAUGGCGAAACGGAAUCGCUCUUUGCAGUCCCAGCAGUCUUUUCUGACUUCUUGCGCCGAUCCCAGUGCCGCGUCGGGAAGUUCGUGUAUUGCGACCCACUUGCCUCCGAGCAGCAACUGCACACGGUGUUCACCUUGCCAGAGUUACGAUCUCUGACAUACUUUGACUUUACUGGGAGGGUGUCGGAUCAGACAGCCUCGUUGUUUUCUCGACAUGCAGGAGAUGGAUCGCUUGCUGUCAUGCCCCUUCUCGCGACGUUGCGCCUCGGGAUAUGUUUCACUGCAGACGGAGUGCUCUCGAACGUAGUCUUGUCCCGUCGACCUGCUCUCAAGCGUUAUGUGUUCUCGACAUCCGAUAUGUAA